CUUACAGAUACCCCUCCCAUGGCUUCUCUCUGUGGUUACUGCCCGAACAUCGUCCUCGCUCUUGGCCAAUCGCCUCGCACAGAACACACCCAUCAACCUCCUCGUGGCCAUUUCAGCUUUGCUGAUUGAAAUCGAACCAGACCGAGGGAGCAGGUUGGAGCUGUGUUGGUCUUGGUGGCAGCUAGUGCGGACUAGUGGUGGUGAAUAUUGGUAAGAGGAGUUUUAAGAAUGGCUUCAAUGAGCAGGAGCCCUAGCAGGAGCAGGUCCAGGAGCCCGAUCAAUCGAAAGAUGCGUACUGAGCGCUUUUCCUAUCGUGAUGCACCUUACAGGAGAGACUCUCGUCGUGGUUUCAGCCGAGAUCUGUGCAAGAAUUGCAAACGUCCUGGGCAUUUUGCUAGAGACUGUCCCAAUGUGGCAAUUUGUCACAAUUGUGGUCUGCCAGGGCACAUUGCUUCAGAAUGCACCACAAAAUCAUUAUGUUGGAACUGCCGUGAACCUGGCCACACGGCCAGCAACUGUUCGAAUGAAAGCAUCUGCCAUACAUGUGGUAAGGCUGGACAUAUUGCCAGAGAAUGCAGCGCUCCUCCUGGUGACUUGAGGCUGUGUAACAACUGCUACAAGCAAGGGCACAUUGCAGCUGACUGUACGAAUGAGAAGGCAUGCAACAACUGUAGGAAAACUGGCCACCUGGCACGUGAGUGCGCGAAUGAGCCGGUCUGCAAUAUGUGCAACAUAUCUGGGCAUGUGGCUAGGCUGUGUCCUAAAGGCAAUGUUAUGGGAGAGCGAGGGGGUGGUGGUGGUGGGCGCAGCAGCGGUGGUGGUUUCAGGGAUGUUGCGUUUAGAAACUGCCAGCAGGUGGGUCAUAUGGGCAGUGACAUGGGAGCUUUUACGAUCUGCCGCAACUGUGGUGGACGAGGGCACAUGGCAUACGAGUGCCCUUCAGGGAGGUUCAUGGACCGUUUCCCUAGAAGGUAUUGAUGGAUGGCAAUCUGUGUCAGUGUUUGGCCCCUGAUAGAUUUGAGAUGUUGAUUCGGCAGUUUUCUGUGGCGGCCAUUGUUAUUAGAAUUUGGAGCUUCUACUUUUCGUGUAGUAUUGUGCCCUUUUAUUAUGGACAGAAGAUUUUUGCUACCUUGUUCAAGUCGGCAGUGACUGUUAUGUAUUGAAUCUUCGUCUGGAAUCUUUUUCUAACUUAAAAAGAAAUUUAUAAGGGAGUUAAAUAA